AUGAUUCUCAAGCGAACUGUGAAUGGAAUACGUCGUAUAGAUUCACAUCCUUCUGCGCCUUUAUAUGUCACUGGAUCGUCAGAUGGGUCAAUCAGAAUUUGGGAGUGGGGCGUAGGACAACCGACGUAUACAGCGCGUGUAGCCGGUCAGCAUGCCAAGGUCUCUAGAAUUUCUUUCUGCCACGGUGGUAAUAAGUUCGCGGCAGUCGAUGGGGACGGGAUGCUGAGCCUUUGGCAAAUCAAUCAUUCCACACAGCACAAAAAGCCUUACUUCAGUCAACGCUGUCACAAUAAGUCUGCAUCAGAUGUUCGUUUCCUUCCUCAGAGUUCGUCUGUCUUGAUAACAGCAGGAACGUCAUCUGGAGAAUUCAACCUGGCUCUAUGGGAUACUCUACUGCCUCCGACUCGUGCCCUUGUCCAUACAUGGGUUGCACACGCAGAAGGAGCUACGGCGGCAAUGUAUUUGCCUAGCCAGCAGGCAAUUGUUUCCGGCGGGCGACAUGGAGAACUGUGCUUAUGGGAUGUACGACAACGGCAGCUGCGCCUCACUGUGAAAGCGUUUGAUUGGCAUCAGACUGUGAAAUCAUUGGUCACCGAUUGUAAUCAGAGUCUUAUUGUGGCGGGAUCCAGCGACGGUGAUAUCAAGGUCCUCCUCUUUUGCGAAUUUAUCUUAAUAUUCAUGAGUACUAGCUUCACCAAAUUGAAGUUUGAAUUCGAAAAUUUGUGA